AUGCGAAUCAUGGAUCCAUUUCAACCUGGCUUGCACAAUGAGGUUUAUCCAUUCGUUCACCCUUUCAAAUUCAAGGCAUCGUUGCAAGACAAAGUGACACUAAUUACAGGGUCGACUGGAACAAUCGGUCGGGCACUGGCAGAGUGCUUCUCUAUUGCCGGGGCUAAUCUGGUCCUUGUUUAUAACCGAAAUGAACCUUCUCCUGACUUCCUGGAUAGAUGUCGAACUCUCGGUGCCGCAGCUGUCACACCCAUUCAAUGCAAUGUGUCCGACUUGGACAGCUGCCAGAAUCUCAUAAAGGAAGCGGAAAGUACCUUGGGCAAUAUCGACAUACUUAUCAACAAUGCUGGAGUGGAUAGUAUAGGACCGAUGCACGAAAAAGACCCCACAGCUAUCCUUCAAGACUGGGCUAUCAAUUUAAAUGGCCCUAUGUAUUUGAUGCGUCUAGUUAUGCCAAGCUUUAUCCAGGCCGGAAGUGGCACUAUAAUCAACAUAGCCUCUAGAGGCGGAACGGUCAAUAUCCCCUUUAACACCACUUACUGUGCUAGCAAAGCCGCACUGAUACGACUUACCAGCUGCUGGCAAGCGGAAUUGGAACUGGGAGGUCAUGAUGGGAUUCAGAUGUAUUCCAUCCAUCCAGGUGCCGUGCCCUCACAGAUGACAUCUGCAGCCAAUUUAGAUGAGAUAAUGGGUCAAUACCCCCAUGUCCUCAAGGUAAUGGCUCAAGUGUUGGAGGGCUUCAAAGAUUCUCCUUAUUUGAGUGGUAUGGUAUCAGUGGCUUUGGCCACUGGUAUUGCAAAGGAUUGCCUAAAUGGAAGAUACUUUGAUGUCCAACAGGAUCUAGAGCAUGUAAUCACGCAGGCUCAAGCUCUGAAAGCUAAUCCGGACCUUUACACGUUGCAAGUGGGAUUCCUAGGUGGCUUACCCAAUGACGGAGGGACAGAAAAUAUAUCUCCAGAGAAAUCCUUUAUUUUUCCUGGGUAUUAA